GAAGUAUUUUGGGAAUUGGAUUGGGAUUGGGAUUUGGGAGACCUUUUCUGAGUCCGAGUCCGAGUCCUACCUCCACGUGCCAAGGAGGGUUGCAUGGGCAAAUCCGGGCGUCUUGUUGUGUUACAAGUUGGCAUUAUAUCCGUCAUGUUAUUGGGCGUCUCUCUGUGUGUGCAUGGCAUGGCCUCUUCGGUGCCGACGUACGUGGUCUUGCCGGCUCCUACGGCUACGGAUAACAGAGAGGAAACCAGGCUCGGGUCAAGAUUGACGCCGGGUUCUUGGGAGUCCUGUUCUGGGAGGAUUUGGACCCUCGUCUGCUCUAGUGGCAAAUGAUACUGUUACCGGGAGUGGCGGAUGAUUAGGAACGAGAGGAGAGAUGAUAAAUGAGAGGGGGAUUGAAAGGGAAAAAGGACACGGAAAAGGGUGCGAGUCUGCGUGUAAAAGUUGAGUAGACGGAUAUCAUCUCAACUGCAGGCAGGCUGUGGACAAGCAUUGAAAUAUGCAUUCAAUUACCAACCCCCAAAUUAUUGCAGACAAAUCACCAGAAAAGGCAGAACUAACAAAAGCAAGUUUCGAUACCAGUUAGCUAAGUAACAAGGCAAAGAGUCUGGUCCUUUUGUCUGCAGUACAAUCCGUCACUCAAGACUUGAAUUGACUUUACCAGCUCAAGAUCAUAGACAGGUCUGGACUCGAUCUGCCGCUAUUCGAUUCCGGGCUAGACAUGAAUGAUCCAACUCACGACCCAAAGACUGUCAACAGCGCCUGGACCAACACAUGAUGAUACCGUUGUUAAUUAGGCAUCUCGUUGUCCAACGUUAUGCUUCUGAGGUGUGAACCUUGUUUCGAUCUACCACGGCCGCCAUGUCCGUGCGGACGGGACGAGAGAGGUUGGCUAAAUCCUAUUAAAAGCCAUCUUUGAGGUUUAUGUUUUUUAUGACGUAUCUCGAAUUGGAGUGUCUAAAGAUGAAGAUAUUUCGUUAUUCAAAACAGAAUCAGUAAAUGAUGAAUUGAACAUCAU